AUGAUGAUGACGUGCCGUCUGCUGUGCGCCCUGUUGUUGCUUGCCCUGUGCUGCUGCUGCCCGUCCGUGUGCGUUUCAGAUAAAUCUGCCGCUUUGUCACAGGUGACAACAUCACAGACAUCAACUAAUCCUGGAGCUAAUGGAAGCGGCCCCAGUCAAUCGAAGUCUGCAACAGGGGGAGCAUCACAGGAGACCGGUCAUUCAGAUCUUUCAACAGCGGGGUCCGUUGCAAAGCCGGGAAAUGGUGGCGGAGAGGGAUCAGGAUCUACCAGUACUGCAGGUCUGGAACCAAAAGUAAGUACCGGACCAAAUAAAUCACUGACAGAGGGCACGAACGGUAUGACAGGACAACAAAGUCGCACUGAAACAUCCGCAGAACAAAAAAAUAAGGAGUCUGAAACUUCCGCUCAGACAACCACCACGACCACCACUACGACAACCACGACAACGACCACCACCACUACAACAGUGGCACCAAUUACUACGACUACAGAGGCGCCAGCUGUGUCGACCACCCGCGCACCGUCACGUCUUCGCGAAAUCGACGGCAGCCUCAGCAGCUCUGCGUGGGUGUGUGCCCCGCUGGUGCUUGCCGCAUCCGCGCUGGCGUACACCGCUGUGGGCUGA